AUGGGUGCUAGAAGUUCGAGUGAAUUUGCUAUCCCUGAUGUUACUUUCUCUGGGAAGGAGAGUUUUUUGGAGUUUAAAAAUUUUUAUUCUGUUAUUCAAGUUCAUUUAGUUUGCCGUAGUAUUGUUAUCCCUAGAGAACAGGUUUUAUUUACUGCUUUACAUUUUCGUGAUUCUGCUGCAAGAUGGUUUUUAACUUGGUUGAAAAAUCAUGAUGUUAAUGAAGGUUUAUUGACUUUCCUAAAACAUUUCAUUAACCAGUUUUAUGAUUAUGUUGACAAAGAAAAAUUGAAUAACAUACGAAGCUAUAUUGAUUCAAAUUUUGAAAAUUCCUUAAGGAUAUCAUCAAGUCAAUAUGAUUCUAAAGAUAGUUCUGAUUUACUUAUCAUAGGUUCUACUCCUCAAUCUUUAUCUUCAAACUCAUUAGAUGAUUUGACCUGUGUUGAAAAUUCAUUUGUAGAUAAUAAAAAUGAUAAAAAAAAGAAGCAACAUUCAGGUGCUGUUGAUGAUACAAACAAUCUAAAAGAAACUAUCUCCAAAGCAAAAAGUGAAAAAUUCCAAGAAUCAAAGAGUAUACAUGAAAAUGUUGAUUAUACCAAUAAGCAAAAUGAAAAGAAAAAUAUAACAGAGAAAAGGAAUUCUACUAAGAAUAAGGAUCAAAGAUCCAAUGAGCUUGGUGCCAAUAAUAAAGGCAGAGUUUCUAUCGAAGAUGAUAAGGUUCAAACUAAUAAGUUAGAAUAUGGUACAUCAAAAAGAGUCUUCGAAUUGAAAAAUGCGUUUGAAGAAGGAACCGUUUCCAGUAACAGAUCCCAAAAUAUUGGCCAAACCACUAAACCCGCAAAAGUUAUAGAAGAGAAAAUUAAAAUGACUGAGACUAUAAAUGCCACCAAUACAACUUCCAAACUAGAGGAAAUGAAUGAAGCUAAAACUAUUGAUGAAAUCGUAACCAAUGUAGAUCAACAAGUCGUGAUAAAACAGGAAGCAAAACGUCUUGUAUUUAGUACCACCGAUGAUUCAGUUUCAAAUAUAUUGAACAGUGACAACAAUAAUGCCAAGUUAAGACAACCUGAAAAGAAUAGUAUCACCGAGUCCGCUGUGACUUCGAAGGUAAAAGAAGAAGAAGCGCAAUCAAGUAGAAUCAAUCUUGAUUGCAGGUCAAAAGAAAAAGCCCAAAAAGAAGAAAUAGAUCCUUCUCUAAAGGAAGAUAAUAGUGCGGGUACUAUUUCUAAACCAAAAAACAGUAUUGCUAAUAUUGAACCAUUUUUCCCUGGCAAAAAUGUCGAAACAAAGAAGAAUUCAACAGAAUUUAGUAAUAUACAUGACAUGGCUAAUACAUCUAGUGGUUAUAAUAAUGGUGCAUUUACUUUAACAGGCUUCCAAGAUACCUAUGCUCAGAACCAAAUCUUGAAUGUCGUUCCAUUUUAUCCAAAAUCAUCAGUUGGAGAAAGUACAAAACUGGCCGGACCCUCAUCUGAAACUACUAAACCAUCUAUUCUUGAAAAAGAGGAUUCAAUUAUGAUUGGUAAUAAAACAACUGAAACUAAUAUCAGAAGUAGAUAUGGCGUACAGUCAUCUGAGUCUUUCACAAAAAUUGACAGCGUUAGUGAAGUUGAAGAAAUAUCAAGAAAAGAAAAGCAAAGCCAUGAACUCAAUGUUCAAGAUAAGAAAACUGAAUUAGUUGAAAUAUCUCGAAAGGAUUCUAUUACAGGUAGAGAGAACUCUAAAGCAACUGUAAAAUUGGAGAAUACUUCAUCUAAUAGUUUACCAUCAAAAAGAGCUGAAAAUUCAAAUAAUUCUACUUUUCCUAGAUCUCCGCCAUCAAAUGAAUUUAAGCAAAAUAAAUAUCAACCUUCAUUUCUAGGAACUGGGUCCAACAGCAUUAAAUUAGGCACUAGAUCAAAUAUAUUUGGUAAUAUGGAGGAGAGACGGUUUACUGAUAAUGCGAGGCAGAAUGCCACAAGCUCAUCACCAAGGAAUGGUCGCAAUGAAAAGUAUUCUUUUAGUAAACCAAUUUAUGGUGACAGAAAAAGUUCAGAUAGAAAUAAAAAGAUGAGAGGCAUGUCUUUAAAGAAAAAACCUUUAACAGCCUUUGAACGUUUAUGCCAGUCCAAAGGAAUUUGUCCAAAAUGUGAAAUGCCUUUAUCUGUAAGACGCUUUUGCCAUUCAGAUAGAGAGCAAAGACCAGAUAUGCAAUGGAAGUCAAAUUCCAAUGCCUGGUAG